GUGAGAUAUAAUGGCUCUACAGAGACACCUACUCCCACUUUUCAUUCUGUGGGUCUUUUCUUCCUGCUUUUAUAGAAGUUUGCAAGAGGACCCAUUCUCUAGUUUCAUUGAUGAAACCUCUGGUUACGAUCACCGCGCCUAUCCUACAUACUUUGGCAUCAUCAAUGACCAAGAAGGAGAGUUGGAGCAUAGGUUUGCGAGAUUUAACGAGUAUGACCCUGAAAAUCUUAGUUACGAGAUUUUGGCUAAAGUGGGUAGUCCGUCAACUUCAGCUCAAGUGUUUAACGUCGAUGAUUAUGGGGCCAAGGCUGAUGGAGGAGAUGACUCAGAGGCAUUCAAGAAGGCUUGGAAGGCAGCUUGUUCUUCAUCAUCAGCAUCUACUCUUGUAGUGCCCCAAGACAAAAGUUAUCUUCUAAAGCCUGUCACCUUCUGGGGUCCUUGCAAAUCAGAUGUUACAGUAACGAUUUCUGGUACAAUUGAAGCUUCUGCCAAUCAAUUGGACUACAAAAACGACCGAAGGCACUGGCUUAUUUUUGAGAAUAUUAAAAAUUUACUGGUUGAAGGUGGUGGAACCAUUAAUGGAAAUGGGAAGACAUGGUGGCAGUCUUCCUGCAAAAUCAACAAAACUCUUCCUUGCAAGAAAGCACCAACGGCUGUAACCUUCUAUAAUUGCAAUAACUUGGGGUUGAAAAAUAUGAGGAUCAAAGAUGCACAGCAGAUACAUGUUUCCUUUGAGAAAUGUUCCAACGUCCAAGCUUCCAAUCUCAUGAUAACUGCACCAGAGAAAAGUCCUAACACAGAUGGAAUUCAUAUCACAAACACCCAAAACAUCCAAAUAAAGAGCUCUGUCAUUGGAACAGGCGAUGAUUGUAUGUCAAUUGAAAGUGGGUCUAGAACUGUUGAAGCCACGGACAUAACCUGUGGACCAGGACAUGGAAUCAGCAUUGGAAGCUUGGGAGAUGACAAUUCAGAAGCUCAUGUUUCGGAUGUAGUAGUAAAUAGAGCCAAACUCUCUGGAACCACAAAUGGAGUAAGAAUCAAGACUUGGCAGGGAGGAUCCGGAAGUGCAAGCAACAUAAAGUUCCAAAACGUUGCCAUGAACAACGUCUUCAAUCCAAUAAUCAUAGAUCAGAACUACUGCGAUAGAGCUGAGCCAUGUAAAGAACAGAAAUCAGCGGUGCAAGUAAGAGAUGUGGUGUACAAGAACAUCAAAGGAACAAGUGCUUCAUCGAUUGCUAUAAACUUUAACUGUAGCAAGACCUACCCAUGUAGUGCGAUUCUCCUGCAAGACAUUAGUCUAGUGAGAGAAGGGGGAACAGCUAAAGCUCUAUGCAACAACGUUAAAUUGACUAAAGUAGGGACGGUGUCCCCUUCUUGCUCUUGACAACUGAAGAAGAUAAGUUAUGUACUGGCCUCUGGGUGAUAUAUAUUAGUGCAGUGUGACCAUAUAUGUAUACAUUAAUUAUUGAUGAAAAUUAGAUGAUAGCUAGUGAUGGGGUUCUUUGCUU